AUGGAUACCCUCGCGGCCAGGGGAGUCCCCCUGCGCUGCCCUACUGCUGGGGGCCCCGGUACCCUCGUCCGAGGGUACAGGAAAGUGGAGGCCCUUGCUUCCUGCAGCAAGUCGACAGUGUGGCUAGUGCAGCAGCAGCAGCAGCAGCAACAGCAGCAGCAGCAGCAGCGGCAGGAGCAGCAGCAACAGCAGCAGCAGCAACAGCGGGGCACCGACGACGCCGACAGUUCCAGCGGCGCUGGUCCUAUCACUUGCAGCAACAGCAGCAGCAGCAGCUGCAGCAGCAACAGCAGCAACAACAACAACUACUUUGCAGUGAAAGAAGUCCCCCUCAGCUCGAUAAAGUCGGCGAAGCAGGCGGAGCAUCUUUGGGGGGAAAGAAAGUGUUUGGAGGCCCUCAAGCUAAACCCUAAUUUGCAGCACAGAUGCCACACCCUGUAA